AGCCCGCGCCGCCGCGCCCGGGCCGCGGGCGAUGAUCACCUAGGAGGCUGGCGCAAGCGGCGGAGGAGCCGGGCGCGGCGACACGCGGCCAUGGAGCGGGAGUCGUCGGCAGCCGAGGAGCCCGGUCCCCCUGGGCAGCGGCGACGACGGCGGCGCCGGGAGGGCAGGACGCGCACGGUGCGCUCCAACCUGCUGCCGUUCGCGGGCGCAGAGGACCCCGGGGCGGGUGCGGUCAAGGGCGAGCGGCUGCUGAUGCGCGGGUGCUCCCAGCACCUGGCCGACAACCGGCUCAAGACCACCAAGUACACGAUGCUGUCCUUCCUGCCCAAGAAUCUGUUCGAGCAGUUCCACCGCCUGGCCAACGUGUACUUUGUGUUCAUCGCUCUGCUCAACUUCGUGCCGGCGGUGAACGCCUUCCAGCCCGGCCUGGCGCUGGCGCCGGUGCUCUUCAUCCUGGCGGUCACGGCCAUCAAGGACCUGUGGGAGGACUACAGCCGCCACCGUUCAGACCACGAGAUCAACCACCUGGGCUGCCUGGUCUUCAGCAGGGAAGAAAAGAAGUACGUGAACCGAUUCUGGAAAGAAAUCCACGUGGGAGACUUUGUGCGUCUUCGCUGCAAUGAGAUCAUCCCUGCGGACAUUCUGCUCCUGUCCUCCAGUGACCCCGAUGGGCUGUGCCACAUUGAGACCGCCAACCUGGACGGAGAGACCAACCUGAAGAGACGACAGGUGGUCCGUGGCUUCUCGGAGCUUGUCUCUGAAUUCGAUCCUUUGACGUUCACCAGUGUAAUCGAGUGUGAGAAGCCAAACAAUGACCUGACUAGGUUUCGUGGUUGCAUCAUACACAACAAUGGAAAAAAGUCCGGACUGCACAAGGAAAACCUGUUGCUGCGAGGUUGCACCAUCCGGAACACGGAAGCAGUGGUUGGCAUUGUUGUCUACGCAGGACACGAGACCAAGGCUCUGCUGAACAACAGCGGGCCCCGCUACAAGCGCAGCCAGCUAGAGAGGCAGAUGAACUGCGACGUACUCUGGUGUGUCCUUCUCCUCGUCUGUAUGUCUCUGUUUUCAGCGGUGGGACAUGGAUUGUGGGUACAGCAGUAUCAAGCGAAGAAGGCAUCAUUCCACGUCCCCGAGUCCGAUGGCAGUUCUUUAUCCCCAGUCACAGCUGCAGUGUACUCAUUUUUGACAAUGAUAAUAGUUCUGCAGGUUUUGAUCCCAAUUUCCUUGUAUGUUUCCAUUGAGAUUGUUAAAGUGUGCCAAGUGUACUUCAUUAACCAGGAUAUAGACUUGUAUGAUGAAGAAACAGAUUCACAGCUGCAAUGUCGAGCUCUGAACAUCACAGAAGACUUAGGGCAGAUACAAUACAUCUUCUCCGAUAAAACCGGCACUUUAACUGAGAAUAAGAUGGUUUUCCGAAAAUGCAUUGUGUCUGGCAUAGAAUAUUCUCAUGAUGCAAAUGCCCAGCGUCUGGCCAGGUAUCAGGAGGUAGACUCGGAGGAGGAAGAGGUAGUGCCCAAGGGGGGCAUGUCCCAGCGUGGCAGCGUCGGGAGCCACCAGAGUGUCCGGACCAUGCACAGGACGCAGAGCCUGAAGUCCCACCGGCGCACAGGCAGUCGGGCAGAGGCCAGGAGGGCCAGCAUGCUGUCCAAGCACACAGCCUUCAGCAGCCCCAUGGAGAAAGACAUUACACCAGACCCAAAGCUGCUGGAGAAGGUGGGUGAGUGUGACAGGUGUCUGGCCAUCGCCAGGCACCAGGAGCACCCGAUGGCCCACCUCUCGCCUGAGCUCUGUGAUGUUUUUGACUUCUUCAUCGCUCUCACCGUCUGCAACACAGUAGUCGUUACAUCCCCGGAUCAGCCACGGCAGAAGGUGAGGGUGAGAUUUGAGCUGAAGUCCCCGGUGAAGACCAUCGAAGAUUUCCUGCGCAGGUUCUCGCCCAGCCGCCUGACCUCUGGCAGCAGCAGCGCUGGGAGCCUAGUCACCAAGUCCAGCCAGAAAUCAGGGUCCAGCUUCCUGUCUAGCCUGUCCCACGACAGCAUGCUUUUUGGACUGGAGGAGAGGCUGGGCCAGCCGACACCUGCCAUCUCCAGCAAUGGCUUCAGCAGCCAGGCAGGCCAGGCAGAUGGCUGGGCCCCAGAGUGCACCCAGGAUGAGCACCAGGAGCAGGAGCAGGAACUAUGGUAUGAGGCCGAGAGCCCGGAUGAGGCUGCACUGGUGUAUGCAGCCAGGGCCUACAACUGCACACUGGUGGACCGGCUGCACGACCAGGUGUCAGUGGAGCUGCCCCAACUGGGCACACUCACCUUCGAGCUCCUACACACACUCGGCUUUGACUCCAUCCGCAAGAGAAUGUCAGUGGUGAUACGGAACCCACUCACUGACGAGAUCAGUGUCUACACCAAGGGGGCUGACUCUGUGGUCAUGGAUCUCCUGCUGCCCUGCUCCUCAGAUGACGCCAGAGGAAGGCACCAAAAAAAGAUCCGAAGCAAAACACAGAAUUACCUCAACCUGUACGCCGUGGAAGGCUUGCGCACCCUGUGCAUUGCCAAGAGGGUUCUGAGCAAAGAAGAGUAUGCUUGUUGGUUGCAAAGCCACUUAGAAGCAGAGUCAGCUGUGGACAACCGAGAGGAGCUUCUCUUCCAGUCUGCCAUCCGCCUGGAGACCAGUCUGCAGCUCUUGGGUGCUACUGGGAUUGAAGACCGCCUGCAGGAUGGAGUCCCCGAAACCAUCGCUAAAUUGCGGCAAGCAGGCCUGCAGAUUUGGGUUCUCACAGGUGACAAACAAGAAACAGCCAUUAACAUCGCAUAUGCCUGCAAACUGCUGGACCAUGGCGAGGAAGUCAUCACCCUGAAUGCCGAAUCCCAGGAAGCAUGUGCAGCCCUGCUGGACCAGUGCCUCCACUACGUGCAGUCAAGGGGCCCUCCCAGCACCCCUGAGAACACCAAAGGCAAUGUGAGCGUGGGGUUCUCCCCUCUCCACCAAGCCUCCAUGUCCACAGCCUCGGAGCCCAGCCCAAGCCUCGUGAUCGACGGAAGAAGUCUGGCCUAUGCCCUGGAGAAAAACCUGGAGGACAAAUUUCUCUUCCUUGCCAAGAAGUGCCGCUCUGUCCUCUGUUGUCGGUCAACCCCUUUGCAAAAGAGCAUGGUGGUUAAGCUAGUUAGAAGCAAGCUCAAGGCCAUGACCCUGGCCAUAGGUGAUGGAGCCAAUGAUGUCAGCAUGAUCCAGGUGGCAGAUGUAGGUGUGGGGAUCUCGGGCCAGGAGGGCAUGCAGGCAGUGAUGGCCAGCGACUUUGCACUGCCAAGAUUCCGAUACCUGGAGAAACUCUUAAUUGUCCACGGGCACUGGUGCUACUCCCGUCUGGCCAACAUGGUGCUGUAUUUCUUCUACAAAAACACAAUGUUCGUGGGCCUCCUGUUUUGGUUCCAGUUUUACUGUGGCUUCUCUGCAUCUGCCAUGAUUGACCAAUGGUAUCUGAUCUUCUUUAAUCUGCUCUUCUCGUCACUUCCCCAGCUUGUGACUGGGGUGUUGGACAAGGAUGUCCCAGCCGAAGUGCUGAUGCAUGAGCCCCAGCUCUACAAGAGUGGCCAGAACAUGGAGGAAUAUCGGCCAUGCGCCUUCUGGUUAAACAUGGUGGAUGCUGCCUUCCAAAGCCUGGUUUGCUUUUUCAUUCCUUACUGGCCUACUAUGACUCGGACGUGGACAUGUUUACCUGGGGAACCCCCAUCACAGCGAUUGCACUGUUCACCUUCCUGCUGCACCUGGACCUGGCUCAACUGGAUUGCCUGUGCCUUCAGUAUCCUUUUGUUUUUCUCUGUGGCUUUGGUUUACAACACCUCCUGUGCUACAUGCUACCCUCCAUCUAACCCUUAUUGGACUAUGCAGACGUUACUGGGAGACCCUGUGUUUUACUUGACUUGCCUCAUUGCACCUGUCACCGCGCUGCUGCCCAGGCUGUUUUUCAGAGCUCUCCAGGGAAGUCUUUUCCCCACUCAACUCCAGCUGGGACGCCAAUCAGCCAAGAAAUCCCCCAGGAAACCCAGCAUUCCUGAAGACACCUUUGCUCAGGGACACCUCCCAGAAGACCCAAGUACUGAGCUCUCAGAAGGGAACAUGAAUCCCCCCAAAUCCCUCUCCAAGGACUGUGUGUCACAAACUCCUCAAUGCGUACAGCAGCCAGCCUGCUCUCCAGAGGCUAGUGGGGAGCCUGGCUCAGUGGACACGAGUGUGCCGUUUAGAGAGGACACCCUGCUGGAGGGACUGGGUGCCCAGGCCCCAGGGACCUCCAUGCUUGGGGAGGCUAUUUCAGAAGAGUAUCCUGGGAACUCCAAGAAGAAACCCACCAGUGCAAGCCGGGCAGCCCCCUUAUCGUCCCUCUUCAACCUGCCCAACUUCAGCUCACUCAACUGGAUCUCCUCAUUGUCGCUGGUCAGUGGGCUAGGAAGUGUCUUGCAAUUCUCCAGAAGUAGUUUACAGAUGGACAAGCCAGACAGUGAGUUCCUGUCCAGCUCCCCACAGCCAGAUCAGGACCUGCAUGGCUUACAGGGACAAGUCACUGACUACUUCUAGGAUCACUGUCAGAGGCUGCAGAGGACUGCAAUCACAGUGACAACCUUGAAAUGGCCUUUAUAUAUAUAUAACAUAGAUGUUAAUAUUAUUUAUGUUGAUUAUUUGCACAGAAGAAUUCUAGGGAGAUGUAUUUUUAAAUAUUUCCAAGGCUAACACAGGAUG